GAAAGAAUAGUGAAGUGAUCCAUCCCCAAAUCUCGAGUCCAACUAAACUCACCUCCCUCCUCUCUCCUCUCGCCGCCGCCGCCGCCGCCGCCGCCGCCGCUGCCGUCGCCGUCGCCACCGCCAUCUCCGCCGCGGCUUCGAGUCCUUUCUCCUAUCCCUUCUUCCCUCAAUGACCGCAUGAGAUGUGCGGCGGCGGCACGCUCCCUCCUCCCUCUCCCCUCCGCCACCCGCAUCCACACCGCAUCUUCCCCUUCGCUGGCCACCGAGCUCGACGCCGCCGACGCCCUCCACGCCCUCCUCUCCACGCUCCCGCCCUCGCUCCCCGCGCUGCUCCCCUGCCUCUCCCUCCUCUCCCCCACCCUCACCCCGCACUCCGUCUCCGAGGCCCUCCUCUGCGCCGCCCUCCCCGCCGCCUCCCGUCUCCGCCUCUUCCUCUUCUCCUCCCUCUCACCGCGCCUCCGCUCCCGCCCGCUCCACGCCCACGCCAUAUCCCUCCUGCGCCACUCCUCCGAUGCCGACGAGGCCAUGUUCGACGCUCUCGCCGAUGCCCGCGCCGCCGGCCUCACGGCCUCUUCUUCCGCUUUCGCGGCGCUCGUCGCCGCGCACUCCUCGGCCGGCCGCCAUGCCGAGGCUGUCCAGGCCUUCUCCCGGAUGGAUGAGUUCGACUGCCGCCCGACCGCCUUCGUCUACAACACCGUACUCAAGGCCCUCGUGGACAGCGGGGUCAUCCUCCUCGCCCUGGCGCUGUACAACCGGAUGGUCGCCGCCGGAUGCGCGCCCAACAGGGCCACCUAUAAUGUACUCAUGGACGGCCUGUGCAAGCAGGGUAUGGCGGGGGACGCGCUCAAGAUGUUCGACGAAAUGCUUGACAGGGGGAUCAUGCCCAACGUGAAGAUCUACACUAUCCUCAUCUCGUCCCUAUGCAAUGCAGGGAGGAUUGAGGAAGCUGUGCAGCUGCUGGGUUCGAUGAAGGAGAAGGGGUGCCUGCCUGACGAGGUCACAUACAAUGCCUUCUUAAGUGGUCUGUGCAAAGUUGGUAGGAUCAAUGAGGCAUUUGAGCGGCUGUUGAUGCUGCAGGAUGGUGGCUUUGCACUAGGGUUGAAAGGGUAUAGCUGUUUGAUUGAUGGUUUGUUCCAGGCUAGGCGUUUUGAUGAGGGCUUUGACUAUUACAAGGCAAUGUUGGAGCGCAACAUCUCACCAGAUGUCGUUCUGUAUACAAUAAUGAUCCGUGGUUGUGCAGAGGCCGGAAGAGUUGACGAUGCCUUUUCAUUCCUUGAUGUAAUGAAAAGCAAAGGUUUCAUGCCCGACAUCUUUUGUUAUAACACACUGCUCAAGGUUCUAUGUGAUCUCGGUGAUCUGGAGAGAGCUCACACAUUGAGGUCAGAGAUGUUGCAGAAUAACUUGGUUCUUGACUCCACUACACAAACAAUCAUGAUAUGUGGACUGUGCAAGAGAGGACUUGUUGAUGAGGCAAUGCAGAUUUUUGAUGAGAUGGGAGAGCUUGGUUGUCGUCCUACGGUUAUGACGUACAAUGCGCUAAUUGACGGAUUCUACAGGGAGGGCAGGCUGGAUGAAGCUCGUAUGCUUUUCCAUAAGAUGGAGAUGGGAAACAAUCCUUCCUUGUUCUUUCGAUUGACCCUUGGUGCCAGCCAGGUGCGGGAUAGUGAGAGCCUCCGUAAGCUGGUUCAUGAUAUGUGCCAAUCUGGCCAGGUGCUAAAAGCAUACAAGCUUCUUCGGGGUAUAAUAGACAGUGGAGUUUCUCCUGAUGUUGUCACGUAUAACACAUUGAUAAAUGGACUCUGUAAAGUGGGGACUCUUGAUGGAGCAGUACGGCUCUUCAAAGAGCUCCAACUCAAAGGAAUUUCUCCUGAUGAGGUCACUUAUGGAACUCUUAUUGAUGGGUUGUUGAGAGCAUACAGAGAAAAUGAUGCCAUGAUGUUGUUCCAGAAUAUAUUGCAGAGUGGUAGCUCCCCUAGUUUGUCAAUCUACAACUCUAUGAUGAGAUCGCUAUGUAGGUUGAAGAAAUUGUCGCAAGCAAUCAACCUCUGGUUGGAUUACCUGCCCAAAAAGUAUAAUCUCUCACUGGAGAGUGAGGCACUUGCUAAUGCCCAGGAAAAAAUUGAAGAUGGUUCCCUGGAUGAUGGGGUAAGGGAGUUAAUCAAGAUAGAUCAAGAAUAUGGUUCAAUUAAUUCAAACCCUUAUACCAUUUGGCUGAUAGGGCUUUGCCAGGUAAGGAGAAGUGAUGAUGCUCUUAAGAUUUUUCAUACUCUUCAGGAGUUUGGCAUUGACAUCACACCAGCAUGCUGUGCCCAUCUUAUCAAUUACUUAUGUUGGGAUAGAAAUCUAAAUGCAGCAGUUGAUGUUAUGCUGUAUGCAUUGAGUAAACACAUCAUUUUGUCACAACCUGUAGGCAACCGCUUACUUAGGUGGCUUUGUAUCUGUUACAGAAGGCAGGAUGCACAAGCUCUUGCAUGGAGAAUGCAUCUUGUAGGAUAUGAUAUGGAUGCAUAUCUUCGUGAGCCUACAAAAAAAUUAUUAUACAGUCAGUAGAAAAGCCUGUAGUGUUUGUAGGACUACAGUGCUGCCCUCAAGAGGGAUGCUGAUGUUUUGUUAUGUACCAAUUUUUUCUAAGGCAGAAAGCAAAAUAGAGCGUUUUACUGAUUUAUUAGCUCUUGCAAUGGAUUCUGUAACCAUGGGUUGAGUUGUAACUUCAAUAAUGAGGCAAUUUAAUUUUUAUUUU